AUGUUCGCCAUCACGUCAAACCAGUUAGCUAGCUGGAUCCUAUGUCUGUUCAUACUCGCCGUCCGCGCACAGUCCGGCUGUAAACACGAUGAUUGUUAUAAUGCGCUUUUCCAAUGCGACUCUCCGCUUGCUCUUGCAGAAGCUUUGAACUAUUGCUCAACCGUCGGGCACUACGGUGCAACGAAUUAUCCGCCACAAGCAACAGCCGCAUGCGGCAAUACUAACAAGCGAGCCUAUAUUUCAGCCUGUCAAUGCGGCGUCGCUUGUCCUUCUUUUCAGCCUGCUACGGCGUUUUCUAGUACUAUUGUACCAACUCUGACAACGCUCGCUACUUCCACUGUCGCUUCAGGAAGUAAUGGUCAGUCGUCAUCUAGCUUUCCCACAUCGGCCACACCAGCCGCAUCCACCGAUAGCGUUCAUGUAGGCAGUGCGUCUCCUUCUAGCGUACUUAAUUCGAUGGUGUCAAGCGUCCCGGAUCUUGGGUCUUCGGUCUCACGGGGACUAUCUUCGUCGAUAUCUACAGCAUCUGGCGAUACUGGGGGCGACCCGUCGUCACAGGACCCAGCUUUGAGCACACAAGUGACAGUUUCCGAUCCAGGAUCGGUACUCACAAUUUCCCUUUCCGAUUCCACUUCGACGGCCACGGCUUCACUUUCUACGGCGUCGGUCUCGGAUGAUCCCUUAUCCGUUUCCUUAAAUGUCUCUAGCACAUUGCCAAGCACAUUGUCAAGCACACGCCCGGGAUUUCCUGGGGGACAGUCGUCAAAAACGCUAUCGACACUCACGUCGAAUAGUUCUCGUCCGGCCACAACCUCGUUGAGCCUUGCAUCAAGUAGUAGCUCGGCUCCUUGGACGAAUACAACUCGUACUUCGGGGGUAGGAUUACCUCCCUCGGCUGACGCUAGCACGGUAUCGUCAACCUUGUUAGAUUUAACCUCGAUAUCGACAUCGUCGUUUAUGAGUACAUCUUCGUCCGGCUAUCCUAUUGGUGCUAACUCGACGGUAUCGUUGAAGUCCGUGACGGAUGCCUCGAUUUCGUUGCAUGGCUUAACUUCGACUGAUACGACGUGUACACCGACACCGACGCCAACUUCGUCAACCCCUUGCCCUAGCUCUUCCUUUUACUUCCACAAUUCGACAAUGCAUACUUUUGCUCCAAGCGUCACUGAGGAUUUCAUAUCCACCUCGGUCUUCGGCAGUUCGACGCGUUCAUCGCUAAACCGCACAUCAAGCACUUCGUUAACUUCAACAACCAGCGCAACCCCGUCUUGCACUAGCACUUCGAGCUCCAAGAUGAUCGAGAACGGCGACUUCGAGCAGGGCCUGUCCCCAUGGAGUAUCGACAUGGUGGACGUCAUGUCAACGAGCUACUCAAUAGCGCGCCCCGGGGCCAACGGGUCGUGCGGCGCGUUUCACGUGCAUAUGCGGCGGAACUCGCAGACGGACGACCUGCGGGCAAAUCUGCGGUUAGUUAGUCCGCUGAUCUCGCCCCCGGCCUCACCGGGCAUGGCCUGGGUCGUCUCGUUCUGGGUGCGGUUUGGAAGCGGGCGUGCCACGAACUCAUACGUUAAUUUGUUUGCUAACGGCGAAGUGGCGCACCGAGUGGAUGCCGCGGACAAGGGAGCUACAAACUGGACGCGUGUAGAGUUUCCCUACACAACGGCGUCUAGUGACCAUAUGCUCCAGCUCGUCUUCUCGUUUGCGUUGGGCAAUGCGCCGUCUAAUGACGUGUGGAUUGAUAAGGUAGCUAUGGAUGUGAUGGCUGCUAGUUCGGUGCCGGUAGGACAGGGAAUCGCUGCCAUGACUUCGAAGGCUAACGCUUCUUGA